GGCAAAGUUUCGAGGUAUAAUUUGUUACAAGUUCACAUUUCUUCUUCAUUCACACCUUUGUGUUUCAAGAUUGUAUAUAUAUUUACCCUCAAUGCCAGUUUAGUGUGCCUUUGUUUUAUCAAAUGGUACAGACAUUGUCUGAACAGCUGGCGCUCAAUUGACUUUAUCUGAAAAUUACAGAACACAACUUCACCAUUGACCAACAACAACACACGUCAUGGAAUCGGAUUCCUUAUUCACAUCCUUCCCCGGAAAACAUCUCUGGAUCUCCGGUGCCGUAGCUUUAAAUUUGAUCCGUAUCCCCUUUUGGCUUAUCUACUAUGUUCCUUCCAUUACCCGCCCCUCGCCAAAAUGGACCUAUACCCAAGCUCUCCGCGUCCGGAUCAUUAAAGCGUUUGUCAAAUCCGUCUCAGUCACCAAAUCAGCUACCAUUAUCAAUCUCCUCCCAGGCGCCGAGGGGUCACGAUUCCUGACCAUCCACCCUGCUUCAUCCUCCCGCUACCAAGGAGUCACUAUAACAAAUCCCGAAAUCAGACCAGAAAUUAUCGGUGGAACGUGGUAUCCACACCAACCAUCUUCAGGAGAAGUCGUCGAAGAUGUAGUUCUUCAUUUUCAUGGAGGAGCAUAUGUGAUUGGAGAUGGACGAACACAAGAUGCUGGAUUUUGCGCAGAGACUUUGAUUGCUAAUAGCUCUGCUUCUUUUGUAUUUUGUCCACAAUACAGACUUGCUGCAACUCCGGCUGGAAGAUUUCCAGCAGCGCUGCAGGAUGCGAUCACAAGUUUCUCAUACUUAACCGAGACAAUGGGAAUUAAAGCGGAGAACAUUGUUGUAUCUGGGGAUAGCGCGGGAGGAAACUUGACAUUGGCUUUAUUGAGAUAUCUACAUGAUAAUCCAGACGCGGGUCUACCAAAUCCAGGAUGUGCAUGGUUGUGGUCUCCCUGGCUCGAUCCAGCUUCUACGAUUCUCGAAGGAACUUUCCAUGCUUCUCCACACACUCGUACCGACUAUCUUGACGAGGGGUUUGGAAUUUGGGGUGCCAAGGGAUUAACGCCGCUAAAAGGAACAGGAGUGGAAUUAUCUCAUCCGAAUAUUUCGUUUGUGGGAAAUCCGUUUAAGAGUGCCACACCACUGUUUUUUAGUGCAGGGGAGUGUGAAGUACUUUUUGAUGAUAUCGUGAAGGUUCAUAAUCAGUUCACGGAAGCGGGAAAUAAGACGGAAUUGCAGAUUGACGAGGGGGCGGUGCAUGAUAUUAUUUUGAUUGGAAACCUUUUAGGCUUCCAGGAAGAGGCAAAAUUAGGGGCGAAGAGGGCAGGGGAAUUUUGGGCGAGAAAUAGAUAGACAGGUUAUGUUAAUGAAUUAUAGGUUCGUAGAAAUAUGCUUUACAGUUUGUAUUAUAUACCUGGUUAAAUAUUUGGAUGUAUAUAUUCUCAUAGAUUCGACAUAUUUGAACAACCACAAGCAAGGCAUCUUUGGCUUGAUCUGCGAGAAGAAAUAUUUUAACAAGAUUGUUACUUGAACCUGACAAGACACAGAAUUUUAGGACUUCAAGCCA